AUGCGUGUUCCCAUUGUUACAACCGUCAUUUGCUCCUCGUGUGCCCUGGCAUUAGCCGGUAACUCUGGUCUUUGCGACAGGAUUCGCGAAGAAGGCGCGUUAAAACCUAAGGAUGCCAAAGAGACUGUUGGCCCUUGGGCCCAGGGUCAAUAUGAUGAGUGGAAAAACUCAAAUCUCUCCGGCGCCGACAAACGCUUCUGGAGUUGGUUCCAUCACAAAUGGGCCCCCGACAUGGCAGAGUCAGUCAUCGAUUGCAAGCUCUCUAAGUCGUGCUCUCCCGUCUCCUGUCGAUUUGUCGACGAUACCCAAGAUCCGGACGACCAGUUCAACGCUUACUGGACCUUGGAAUCCGUCUCAAACUACCACAACAUGGCUUUCGAAAUCAAGGAAGCCAAUGAAAAGGCAUGGCUGGAAGUCAGAGGUGAUCUUGCAACUCUCAUGGAAAAAUUCUCGGACGGAAAGAAUAUCGAACAACACAAAGCGGACCAUGAUCAGCACUGGAAGAUCGUGAGCCACAUCGUCAUUACGAUUGCACUGCUUGCUUCUGCCAUCGCAACCGUCUUGACCGCUGGUGCAGCCGGAGAGUCGAUAGCAAUACUCGGCCUCUUGACGGUUUCAAAGGCGUCAAUGACUGUCUUUGCCGCUCAAACCGGCCUCAUCGGUAGCGCCGCUGUUGCCGCUAUAUCCUUUGGAUCAGACUUCAUGGAGGGUAAAGACUAUGUCUCCAAGAUGUCGGCUUUGCUUGGUAAAGCUCAAAAGAAGAACCAUGAGCUAGUAACAGACACGUUCGACCAACAAAUGCUUUCUUUCCUUGGCGGCGAAUAUUCUUCCCCAAAUUCAAGCGAAUCAAGCCUCGCUCAAAUGGUCGAGACUGGUAGAUACGUCAAUACGACUACUGUUUACACACCCGAACAGAACAAACAGCUUCGCAAUGUGUGGACAGCUUCCUAUAUCUCCAACAUCUGGAACACCGAGAGGACAUACAUCGUCAUGGCAGAUGCUAAAGGCGGCUGCGCAAGUGACAAGCGAGGCUACCGGCCUUUGCGAGUUUGUUUAGAUGAGGUGCCCGAUUACGUCUUCUAUGUGUUUACAAAAACACACAUUCGCGAGGGCACCCCCGGAUCAUGUCUCAUUAGAGGACCCCUCGGCUACCAAUUUCUCAAGGAAUUCACCGGCUUCACAUUAGAGGACGUUGUGCGGGCAUCUUAUGUGUAUUCGCGAUACCAUGGCUACAACGUCGAUGGGGAAGCUGAGCAGGCCGAUAUGGUCGACAAUUUCUUCAGCGCCAACCAAAUUAAAGAUGGCGGCAUAGCACAUGGUUUGUUCAAUCUUCCAAUCCUCUAUUCGCCCGGUGGCCAGGCCAUAUCUGCCAUCAACACAAAACGCGGCCGUAACUUCCCUUGCAUGGCGGCGGCUCUUCCGUGGUCGCGCAGUAAUAGUGAGAGCCAGAUUUCAAGUCUAGGGUCCAGAAGCCCCAAUUCCUGGACGGGCAACGAUCCCGAUACCAUGUUCCAGUUUUUGAACGUUACCGGCCUGUACCAGUCUGGUGACUACUGGAAAACCUGCAAGAGAAGCCGCAAGACACGUGGAAACCAUUGCAAGCGCGACACGAGUGUCAAUUGGACAAACAAAUUUCCGGAGAACCAACACAAAAAAGCGACCCAUCCUUUCAAGCGUUGCAAAUACCGCAAAUUCAAGUUUGUAGGUUGCGAUAGACCGAACAAUAACGGCUACGACGCCAACAAACCCAAGCAAUGCAAAAACGGUCCCAAGGCAUUCGGAGACACUGAGUGGAAGCUCCCAGGCGACACAACUUAUGAGGUGGGAGGUGUAUCGAUAGACGAGUUGCAAGGCUACGCUGGAGACUUGUUAGCGGAAGAAGCACAAGAGUAUGAUAGAGACAUUUCCGACGAGGCCGAAGAAGCUAGCGAAGGCUACCAAUCCGGAUGGACCGACGACGAACACGGCGCCGAUCUCGACGAGGACAGCGACCUCGAGGAGGAGGAAGGUACACUGCCCACCUGA